UUCACAGGGAAACACUUCUUUCCACCACUUUGUCCGGCCUUGUCUGGCUUAAUCUGUUGCCUCUGGAAGCCGCCUAGAAUCAGGUACAAUUUGAAGCCUGGUGUGCAGUGAACAGAAGUGAUUCUGUGGACAAUCACAAUGGGAAGCAAAGGAGGCUUCAUCCUUCUGCUCAUCCUCGCUGUGCUCUGCCGUUCAGGUCAUAGCCUGACAUGCUACACCUGUAUUGACGUUGAAACCUGCAACAAGACCGCUGUUUGUUCAGUUAAUCAUGAUGCGUGUCUGUUGGUCAAAGCUGAUCCAAAAGUUUUUUACCGCCAGUGUUGGAAGUUUGAUGACUGCAGCUACCUCGCCAUCUCCAAAGCCCUGGGGCUGAAAAAGCUCGAGUACAGCUGUUGCCAGAAGGACCUGUGCAACGGGAGUGCCAGGGUCUCCGGGAUGACAGCGUUGAUGCUGUUCCCCCUGCUGGCGGCAGCCUUGACGCUUUGUCUCUAAAUAACACUGGGAGGCCUUCUCCUAAA